UGCUGAGCCCUGAUUGGCUGAAACAGCUGCAGCUCCACUCCACCUCCUGAUUGGCCCAGACUUUGCAGGCUCAUGCUGCUCCCUGAUUGGUCGAGACGGCUGCAGCCUGAUUUCCAAAAGAGCUGCAUUUCCUAUCGGCCUCCUGAUUGGCCAGCUUCAGCCUACUUCCUGAUUGGUUGAAAAAGCUGCAGCCAGGCGCCUCACCGUGAUUGGUCGGAAAUGCCUCAUGUCAAUCCGCCUCCUGGUUGGCAGCACACACAGCGCUGCAAUCUGCAUUCUGAUUGGCCGAAAAAGGUGGCUUUUUCAAUCCGCCUUCUGAUUGGUCGAAGGCUCGCGGGUUUCAGGCCGUUUCCCGCCUGGCCGGGCGGGGCUUCCCGGCCAUGUUCCGGGGUGCCGCGCAUGCGCAGUCGCACGGGCCGGGCGGGUCGUUUGGCGGGAGCGAUGGCGGCCGCGGCCGGCGGCGACUCGGACGGCGAUAGCGAGGAGCUGGUGCUCACCCCAGCGCAGCUGAUCCACAGCCUAGAGCAGGUGCCGUGGGCUACAGCGACGGCCUCGGGCAGGGGGAAGCGGGGGUUGCUGAGCGUUGGGCGCACUGGAGCAGACGCCGAGGCCUGGCUGAAUGAGAAAUUUGCUCCAGAACUGCUAGAGAGUAAACCUGAAGUCAUCGAGUGUGUAGUGGAGCAGCUGGACCAUAUGGAAGCAAACCUGAAACGGGCAAAGAGAGGAGACCUGAGGGUCAGUGUUCACCACAUGGAGAUCGAAAGGAUCCGCUAUGUGCUCAGCAGCUACUUGAGGUGUCGGCUGGUGAAGAUAGAGAAGUUUUUUCCCCACAUCCUGGAGAAGGAGAAGUCUCGAGCUGAAGGGGAGCCCUCCAUUUUAUCACCAGAGGAGUUUGCUUUUGCUAAAGAGUAUAUGGCAAACACAGAGGCUUACCUGAAAAAUGUGGCCCUAAAACACAUGCCACCUAACCUGCAGAAAGUGUCUCUCCUAAAGUCAGUUCCAAAGCCCAACCUGGACUCCUUUGUGUUUCUGAGGGUGCUGGAGCGGCAGGAGAACAUCCUGGUGGAGCCAGAGACAGAUGAGCAGAGGGAAUAUGCCAUCAACCUGGAGGAGGGAUCACAGCACCUGAUGCGCUACAGAACCGUGGCCCCUCUGGUGGCCUCAGGAGCCGUGCAGCUCAUCUGAGGGGAGAGAGUGCCUUUGGUGUAGCUCAUCUCUGGAGCUCGGCAGCUGGCGCGUGGCCGUGUCUUCACAGGCUAGGAGAGUGGAGAUGGCUAGUAGGCUGAGAUCAGGUAGGCUCCAAGUGACAGUCAGUUGUGGCACACCUGAAAAUGCUACCUGCUUUUGUGUCCUUCCAUGACUGAAUACCAGGACGUCUGUGGAACUGCUAACACUGCACCUGUUCUGUCUGUGCUGGGGGAAGAGGUGUCCACAACUUUAUUGAGAAAAUAAUGGUUUUGGCUUGUACUUUUAGACAGGGAAGACACAGCAGUGGAUCCACCUUCAUCUGUGCUGCUGGGAGAGAAUGGGUAGCUUUUCCAGUGUCCAUGGAUUUUGCUGUUAAACUUGGGGUCAAAUAAAUUCCUUGUUCUCUGCUCCUC